UCCCCUUCCUCUCUUCUCUGCAACCCUUCUCAGACCUGCAAACCCUCUCCCAUCAGUCGAAGCCCCUAGUUUCUCUAUCUCCAUCAUAGCGUCUCCUCCAUUACCUAGAUGCUAUGAUUGAGAGAGGCAGAACUAGAGCUUCCUUCACAGUCGAGCUAGAGGCCAAUUGGAACAGGAGAGGGAAUAAGAGUAGCACAUGAAGCAUGGGUCGAAGAGUGAGAGAGUUUAUCAGACACGAGCGACAAUAUAUUCUAUCCCAAACAAAGUUCACGGUAAGCUCCUAUCUAUGGGGCUUUGGAAUAGCACAUCAAAACUGGAGGAGAUUGACUUUGAUGCUCAAGAUUUUUGGAUCAACUUUAAACUAAGAAGUGGUCUUAUGGAAAAGGAAUAUGUUGCUAAAAUGGUGGCGGAAAAGGUUGGGAAAAUACUUACUCUAAUAGGUCCUCUAAACUCUCAAGGAGAAUAUAAUGCGCAUGUGGUGGUCGAUCUCAAGAAAGCUUUGGUUCACCAAAUGAAGGUAAUCAUCAUUGAAGGAGAUGAUAAGGAAACAAUUAAACUCAAUAUUUUCUUCAUGGGAAUUCCACAUGGGACUUGUCGAAGCUGCUGGCAUGUACAUGAAAUACACAGUGAAGAAAUAUGUAGAGUACGACAUGUGGAAUACUUAAAAAACCAUCCAAAGGUUUUUGUUUAUGGUAAUGAAAGUAAGGAUGACGUGAAAUAAUAUAAAGCAAAAGAAUGCAGCUAUAGAGAACAAUAUCCCAAGGAUUUACGAUAGUGAAAUAGAUAAAGAGGAUUUUAUCAUUAGGGGAAGCAAAAAAAAAAAGAGUGGAUAUCAUGGAAGAGGAAGAAGAAAAACUCGAAAAAUACACAAAUGAAAAAAAUAAAAAUAACAUGCAA